UUAGAGAUGACAGAGAGACAGAUGAUAAAUAAAUAAAUAAAUUCUAAAUGGAACACCACCGGGUGGCCAUUGCUCUGGAUUUCCAAGUUUCGUCGAUCUAAUUCCAUCAUUUUCUAAUCCGACGGUUCUCAGCGGGAGCAAGAGGGGAGUGGAGAGCAUCGCAGCCGUCCAUCUUCUAUUUCUCCUCCUCCUGCCCCCUUUCUUCCGUCUCUAUUCUCCUUUGGCUGCGAUUGGAGCCGCCACCAUGAACGGGAAGGCAGGCGUGUCCAAGGAGCUCAACGCCAAGCACCGGAAGAUUCUGGAAGGGCUUCUUAAAUUGCCUGAAAACAGGGAAUGUGCUGAUUGCAAAUGCAAAGGUCCUCGGUGGGCGAGUGUGAACUUAGGUAUAUUUAUAUGCAUGCAGUGUUCUGGGAUUCACAGAAGUCUUGGAGUGCACAUAUCAAAGGUGAGAUCUGCUACACUGGACACAUGGCUUCCUGAUCAGGUUGAAUUUAUUCAAUCCAUGGGAAAUGAGAAGGCAAACAGUUAUUGGGAAGCCGAGCUUCCUCCAAAUUAUGAUAGAGUUGGGAUUGAGAAUUUCAUCCGUGCAAAGUAUGAGGAGAAGAGAUGGGUAUCAAAGGAUGGGAAUCCUAAAUCACCCCCUCGAAAAGUAGAAGAAAAGGCUUCUGUCCAGCAACAGAGACCAAGUGAGCGUAGUGGGCAGGGCUAUGCCAGACAUUCUGAGAACCCUUCCAAUCUGAGGAAGAAUGCUCCAGCACCUAGUACAAGAGAGAGCAUUCCUGCCAGAGUAUCAGUACCUGUGCCUCCUAAAGGACCAGAACAAGUUGUUCCAGCUCCAGUGUCUGAACAAGUGAUCCCGAAAAAGGAGCCAACUGCAAAUGCUGAACCUGCAAAGCAAGCUCCUGCCGCUGCCCCUCCCCCAAAAGUUGAUUAUGCCACUGAUCUCUUUAACAUGCUUUCUAUGGAUGGUUCCAGUGAUAAAGCAACAGAAACAUCUGGAGAAGAUGAUGCAUGGGCAGGAUUUCAGGCUGCUAAUGCAUCAUCGUCAACAGAACAGCCCACCCCAACAAAAGUUGAUGAAAACAAGACACAAACGGCAUCUGGAAUUGAAGAUCUUUUUAAGGAUGCACCAUCAAUUACACCUAUUACAAUGGCAGGGAAGCCACAAAAAGAUGUCAAAAAUGAUAUAAUGUCUCUUUUUGAGAAGUCGAAUGUUGUUUCACCGUAUGCCCUUCAUCAACAACAACUUACUAUGCUAGCUCAGCAACAAUCCCUACUAAUAGCUGCCGCAGCAAAUGCUUCUGGUGGCGCAUCAAAGCCUCCUGGGAACCAACAAGUCGGGAUUAAUGGAACCAACACAGUUAAUCAAAGUUGGCCAAACAUGGGCUAUCAGUUUCCUGGGAUGAUGAUGCCUACUGCUGGAAAAGUGGAUUUGGAGAAAUAUAUGCAGAUGGGGAAUAUGGGAGCAGCUCAUUCGGUUGGAAAUGCAUCUUCUUUCCCUGUGCCGAGUCCCUAUGCAGCGACGCCUACUGCUUCUGGUAACGGCAGCGUGCCGUCUGUAGCUGGGAAACAAACCUCGUCCUCACUUUCAUCAGGUUCCUCGCAAUCAGGAAGCGAUUACGACUUCUCCUCAUUGACACAAGGUUUUUUCUCCAAACAUUGACAGAAAUUGUUGCGCUCAUGCUAUACUGCAAUUCACGGAGGAUCGAUAUUUCAUUUCUUGUGUUAAAUCCGGGCGCUGUAAGCUUUGUUUAUGGGAUAAUAAUUUGGUUAGAUUGAAAUAUUCUUUAUCGUCGUGUACCUGUAGACUACAAUUGAAUCGAAUAUGAAUUUGAAUUUUGACA